UUGGAGGCAUUUCGUGAAGGCUUUAAUCUUGUCUUUCCAUUGCGGUAUUUACGAAUGUUUGCUCCAAGCGAGUUGCAGACACUGCUGUCAGGCGAUCAGUGUCCAAAAUGGACUCGCGAAGACAUUAUUAAUUUUACGGAGCCAAAGCUUGGCUACACAAAGGAGUCACCGGGUUUUUUGCGUUUUGUUGAUGUACUGGUGGGAAUGAGUGCCAGCGAGCGCAAAUCAUUCUUGCAGUUUGCCACCGGCUGUUCAUCGUUGCCUCCGGAAGCCGCACUGAUUGCAGGUGGCCUGAUGAAUUUGCAUCCGCGUCUCACAGUUGUUCGCAAAGUGGAUAGUGGUGAUGGCAGCUAUCCGUCCGUGAACACUUGUGUUCAUUACCUGAAGCUGCCUGAUUACAGUUCUGUGGAAAUCAUGCGUGAGCGCCUCUUGACUGCAACCAAUGAAAAAGGCUUCCAUCUCAACUGA